AUGCUAAAAAUGUUGAAAUUAAUUUUUAGUUUGAGUUUUUUUAUCGUCGGUAUCAAGUCGGCUAAAAUAUUAGGAAUAUUUCCGGCACCAUCGAUAAGUCAUCAAGUGGUAUUUCGUCCUGUUAUGCAAGAACUAGCUAAACGUGGACAUGAAGUUACAGUGAUAACGGCAGAUCCAGCAUUUCUUAAGGAUCAUACUCCUCAAAAUCUCACUGAAAUUGAUAUCCAUGAUAUUUCAUAUGCAUACUGGAAUAAGAUACUUGGUGAACUAGGACACGAGAAAGAUACUCUUGUAAUGAUGAACGAUUUUACCAAGGUGAUAACAGAAUUAUUUAAAAUACAGUUACAAACUCCUGCUAUUCAAAAUUUUUUACAAGACAAAAAAAAAAUCGAUUUAAUAUUUUUAGAAUCUUGGGCACGUCCAUUUUUCAUUUUUUCUCAUUUAUGUAAUGCACCUGUAAUCGAAUUCAGUUCUUACGGUACCUACAGUUCCAAUUUAGAUAAAAUAGGAGCUAAUACACACCCUGUUCUUUAUCCUGAUAUAUUUCAUAGAAAGGUUAAUAACCUGACAAUAUGGGAAAAGAUUAAUGUAAUAUAUUUACAUUAUUCGACAAAUCGUAUUUUUGCGAAUAAUGUUCUUGUAGAAAAUGAAAUGUUGAGGGAAGUUUUUGGUCCAAAUACACCUAGUAUAGACGAUAUAAGACAAAACGUUCAGAUGUUAUUUUUAAAUGUACAUCCUAUUUGGGAUUUCAACCGACCAGUUCCACCAAAUGUAGUGUAUUUGGGGGGCCUGCAUCAGAAACCACAACGUGACCUACCUCAGGAUUUGAAAUCUUACCUCGAUUCUUCAACAAAUGAUGUUGUAUAUAUAAGUUUUGGUACAAAUGUCAAACCUUCAAUGCUUCCGGUGGAAAAAUUAAAAAUAUUUACUGAUGUAUUUUCUAAACUUCCUUACAAUGUGUUGUGGAAGUGGGAUAAAGAUGAGCUUCCAGGACGUUCGAAAAACGUAAGGAUUUCAAAAUGGUUACCACAAUCUGAUCUGCUACGGCACCCAAAAAUCAAGCUAUUUAUAACACAAGGAGGCUUACAGUCAACGGAUGAAGCUAUCACUGCAGGAGUUCCUCUUGUCGGUGUACCGAUGAUCGGAGAUCAAUGGCUUAACGUUGAGCUAUAUGUCAACUUAAAUAUCGGUGAACGCAUUUUAAUAGAAGAAAUGACAGAAGAUGAGCUAAUGAAUGCUAUUACAAAAGUAAUCAACGAUAAGAGCUAUCGAGAAAACAUAGUAAAGCUGAGCAACAUUAUGAACGACCAACCCCAGAAACCACUGGAGCGCGCCGUGUGGUGGACGGAGCACGUGCUGCGUCACGGCGGACGACACCUGCGCGCGUCCGGUGCGGGCGUCAGCUGGACCGAGUACUACGAGCUAGAGCUGGUGUUACUGCUGUUAGCUGCUCUUGUAGUAGUUUCCAUUGGCACUGUAUUAGCGACAUGUUUUAUUGUCAACAACAUAAGACGUUACAUCCGUGUUAAAUAUAAGGUUAAUUAAUGAAUAUUUUUUUUUCUUGCAUAUGGUCCUACGAGUAUCAUAACGUAAGGUUAGUUAUGCAAUAGAUUUUGCCUUAUUC